AUGGGAAUUUCUCCUCCCAGCAAGCUCGCGUCAGCUACAUCUGUGUCUGCCAGCCCUCACAGUCUCUGGGAGGUGAUCACCAUAGCAACUGUUUCUGCUAUUGUCAGCCUCAUAACCAUAGUGGGGAAUGUUUUGGUGAUGCUCUCCUUUAAAGUGAACAGUCAGCUUAAGACUGUUAAUAACUACUACCUGCUGAGUCUGGCAGCUGCUGACCUCAUCAUAGGUGUGUUCUCCAUGAACCUGUACACCUCUUACAUCCUGAUGGGAUACUGGGCCUUAGGAAACCUCGCCUGUGACCUGUGGUUGGCACUGGACUAUGUUGCCAGUAACGCCUCUGUCAUGAACUUAUUGGUGAUCAGUUUUGACAGAUAUUUCUCGAUCACUAGACCUCUGACCUACAGGGUCAAACGGACUCCCAAACGGGCCGGGAUCAUGAUCGGCUUGGCAUGGCUGGUAUCUCUUGUUCUGUGGGCCCCACCUAUUCUCUGCUGGCAGUACUUUGUAGGAAAAAGGACCGUUCCCGAGAGGCAAUGUCAGAUCCAGUUUUUCUCUGAGCCUGUGAUAACUUUUGGGACAGCCAUUGCUGCCUUUUAUAUCCCUGUCUCAGUCAUGACAAUCCUCUACUGUCGGAUCUACAAGGAGACAGAGAAAAGGACCAAAGAUCUGGCAGAGCUGCAGGGGAUUACCUUUCCAACUGACCCAGGGGUCACCCAGCCUCAGAAGACCGUUAUCAGAUCCUGUUUUAGCUGCAAAUUAAGGUCAGCUUCAAAUGACAGGACUCAAGCCUCUUGGUCAUCUUCUAGCAGAAGCAAUGCAGCAAAAUCAGUAGCCACCACUAACGAUGAGUGGUCCAAAGCUGGUCAGCUGACAACCUUCAACAGUUAUGCCUCCUCUGAGGAUGAUGAAAGGCCCGUCUCUCCAGGUGGAUUCCAGACCUCCUUCAGGAACCAGGCCUGUGAGACCAUCAAGGGUGGGGUGGGCUGUGAGAGCGAGCAGCUCAGCAGCUAUGAAGAGGAUAGCUUCUUCCAAACACCGCCCAAAAGCAACUCUCAGAAAAGCAGCAAGGGUGUGUCAUACAAGUUCAAGCCUGUGUCCAAAGACGCUCAUGUGGAGAACAAUAGUAAGAACGGAGACACCAAAAUUGCAUCUUCGACAUUUUCCUCUGCUGAAUCCAUGAGCGCUCCAUCCACUUCAUCCACAUCUAAGCCCAUAGAUGGCUCUUUGAAGAACCAGAUCACCAAGAGGAAGAGGAUGGUGCUGAUUAAGGAGAGGAAAGCGGCUCAGACUCUAAGCGCCAUCUUGCUGGCCUUCAUCCUGACAUGGACGCCGUAUAACAUCAUGGUGCUUAUUUCCACGUUCUGCUCGGACUGCAUACCAGUCUCGCUCUGGCACCUGGGCUACUGGUUGUGCUACGUCAACAGCACCGUCAACCCCAUGUGCUAUGCCCUCUGUAACAAGACUUUCCAGAAGACCUUCCGCAUGCUCUUACUCUGCCAGUGGAAGAAGAAAAGGAUCGAGGAGAAGCUGUACUGGUACGGACAAAACCCUGUGGUCGGCGCUAAACUUACAUGAACUAUUUAUGUUGAGAUGAUGUAUGACUGUGGCUGUUUGUAUUAAUUACUUGA